AUGGCUUCCCAAAGCAUGGAGAUUAUCAUGUUUGAUGUACAGCCAAAGGUCAUCAAGGAAACCCAAUCAUUGCUCACCAAUAGCGAGUGGGACGAUGCUCUUUCUACAUUAAAGAAACAAGAUGGCGUACGAACAGCUUAUUGGGGUCAGACAAUCGAGUCCCAAGACAAAGUAUACCUGCUAAUUGACUGGAUCUCAGCCCAACAGUGCAUCAAGUUCAAACAAUCCCAAAGCUUUAAAAGCUUUCUCACGAACCUCGAUCUCAUAAUCCUAGGCAGUCCUCGGUCUAUACAUGUACCCAUCGCUCCACAGAUGUGUUUGCCAAUCUUCCGCGACGGACUGACGGAAAUUGCAAUAUUCUCCUCCUACAACUCGAGUUUUAUCGAGACAUUUGACAAUUUUUCAUCCAUCAUUAAAAAUUCUCCGGGGUGUACUGGUAUUAUGAAAGAUAUUGCGAGAAGCGAAAUCUCCGGAGAAAUGGGGGAGAUUGAAGGAAGUGAGCAGCUGUAUGUUGCAAUGAUUGGGUGGCUAGAUCUGGAAGCACAUCGUAUUGCGAUGGAGUCAAAAGGGUUUAAAGACAACGUUCCGUCGGUUGAGGCUUGUGUUCAAGAGAUCAUUGUGUACCAUAUUAAGAUGAUUAUGGUUUAG